UUCCUCAUUGGGCGGAAGGUUCGGUGGCAGUCGUCGGUCUUCCAGCUGGUGGGAGUUGGCGUCGCGGUGCUGGGCGCUGGGACCCUAGUGUAUGUCGUUCGGGAAGUCCGGCUUUGGAAUCGCCCGGCUGUGUCUGAUCCCAGCUCUCGGUGGUGUCCUCCCGCGCCGUGGGGCUUAGCGAAGAAAUCCCCGGCCCCUUUGGGCCAAGGCGGCUACGGUGCCUUUUGCGGUGAGGAAAGUGAGGCUCAGAGAGAUUAAGUAACUUGCCCAAAGUAACACAGCCAGUAUGUAACAGAGCUGGGAUUUGAAUCCAAGUCUGUCAGACUCCAAAGCCCAUGCUCUUUCCAGUACUUCACACUGCAGCAGAUUUUCUUUUAAUCACAUCUUAAAACCUUCAAGAUGGUACUAGCAGACCUUGGAAGAAAAAUAACCUCAGCGUUACGCUCACUGAGCAAUGCCACCAUCAUCAAUGAAGAGGUAUUAAAUGCUAUGUUAAAAGAAGUAUGUACAGCAUUAUUGGAAGCAGAUGUUAAUAUUAAACUAGUAAAGCAACUAAGAGAAAAUGUCAAGUCUGCUAUUGAUCUUGAAGAGAUGGCAUCUGGUCUUAACAAAAGAAAAAUGAUUCAGCAUGCUGUAUUUAAAGAACUUGUGAAGCUUGUAGACCCUGGAGUUAAAGCAUGGACACCUACUAAAGGAAAGCAGAAUGUGAUUAUGUUUGUUGGAUUGCAAGGGAGUGGUAAAACAACAACUUGUUCGAAGUUAGCAUAUUAUUACCAGAGGAAAGGUUGGAAGACUUGUUUGAUAUGUGCAGACACAUUCAGAGCAGGUGCUUUUGACCAGUUAAAACAGAAUGCCACCAAAGCAAGAAUUCCCUUCUAUGGAAGCUAUACAGAAAUGGAUCCGGUUAUCAUUGCCUCUGAAGGAGUAGAGAAAUUCAAAAAUGAAAACUUUGAAAUUAUUAUUGUUGACACAAGUGGGCGCCAUAAGCAAGAAGAUUCUUUGUUUGAAGAAAUGCUUCAAGUUGCUAAUGCUAUACAACCUGAUAACAUUGUUUAUGUGAUGGAUGCCUCCAUUGGACAAGCUUGUGAAGCUCAGGCUAAGGCUUUCAAAGAUAAAGUAGAUGUAGCCUCAGUAAUAGUGACAAAACUUGAUGGCCAUGCAAAAGGAGGUGGUGCUCUUAGUGCGGUUGCUGCCACAAAAAGUCCAAUUAUAUUCAUUGGUACAGGGGAACAUAUAGAUGACUUUGAACCUUUUAAAACACAACCUUUUAUCAGCAAACUUCUUGGUAUGGGUGACAUUGAAGGACUGAUAGAUAAAGUCAAUGAGUUGAAGUUGGAUGACAAUGAAGCACUUAUAGAAAAGUUGAAACAUGGUCAAUUUACAUUAAGAGACAUGUAUGAGCAAUUUCAAAAUAUCAUGAAAAUGGGCCCUUUCAGUCAAAUCUUGGGGAUGAUCCCUGGUUUUGGAACAGAUUUUAUGAGCAAAGGAAAUGAACAAGAGUCAAUGGCUAGGCUGAAGAAAUUAAUGACGAUAAUGGAUAGUAUGAAUGAUCAAGAACUCGACAGUACUGAUGGUGCUAAGGUGUUUAGUAAGCAACCAGGAAGAAUCCAGAGGGUAGCAAGAGGUUCAGGUGUGUCUACAAGAGAUGUUCAAGAACUUUUGACACAAUAUACCAAAUUUGCACAGAUGGUAAAGAAGAUGGGAGGUAUCAAAGGACUUUUCAAAGGUGGUGACAUGUCUAAGAAUGUGAGUCAGUCACAAAUGGCAAAAUUGAAUCAACAAAUGGCAAAAAUGAUGGAUCCAAGAGUUCUUCAUCACAUGGGUGGUAUGGCAGGACUUCAGUCAAUGAUGAGGCAGUUUCAACAGGGUGCUGCUGGCAAUAUGAAAGGCAUGAUGGGAUUCAAUAAUAUGUAAAAGAAGAUGCCUUAAUAUAAACUGACUUAGUUGAUUACAUUAUUUGCCGAGACCUCAAAGUUUCCCUUCUUUUUGCAAACGGGGGGAAAAAAAGUAUUUUUCUUGCCUCUUUCCCUUAUCCUUUUUCUUCUUGUCUUCUCAUUUCUUUUUCCUUUCUUUCUUCCCUACAUCUCUUUGAUAUAAGGGAGGAAAAUAUGGUUUUUUGUGGAAAUCAUUAUAAUUUUGCUUUAGAUUUUCUUUUGUUUUCACCAUCAUACCACUUCUUAAAUUAAAUCAUGAUGUAAAAUUUUAGUACUUAAAAGUUUUUAAUUGUCUCAAAGGCCAAGAAUUACAUUUGUAAACAGUUCGGUCAGUAGUUACAUGAUGUCUCAAUAAAAAGUGCUGUAAAAUAAAUUUUAAAAUUGUUAUAAGUUAAGGGGGUGUUAAUUUUCUUUUUGAUUUUAAAUGAUCCAUGUAUAACAUUUAAAAGCAGACAGAAAAACCAACAGCUGUAUUUCAUCAAAACUACUUCUAGGGGUCAGAAAGAUAUCUCAGCAUGCUUGAUGCAGAAUGGAGGAAGUCUGGGUUUAUCCCUAGCUCUGAAUGUUCCCUGAACACUUGGGAGCAAGUCCCAAUCACAGAGCUGGGAAUAGGCCUCAACUGCUAUUUGUGGUUCCUCCAAAUUUAUAAAAGCUUUUCUUACGUAAGUUGCAUUUUUAUUUCAUAUUUUUGAACCAUUAAUGGCAGUGUUUUUUUAAAGCCAAUUUUAUUGUUCUUACAUCUGAAAACUGAAGAAAUGAAAACACUUUGAUAAUAGUAGCUAAUGUACAUACCUCCUAAUGAGAAAGUAAUUGCAAAUACCAGGGCUGUCACUAUUUUAUAUUAAAAAUAGUGGCUGGAGCGAUAGUACUGUGGGGAAAGUGUUUGCCUUGCACGAGACCUGCCUGGGUUCAGUCCCUGGCACCCUAUAUGGUCCCCUGAACCUGUGAGGAGUGAUCCCUGAGUGCAGAGCCAAGAUAAAUCCCUGCGCAUUGCUGGGUGUGGCUCCAAAACAAAAUAAAACCAAAAAAGGACACUAUCAUUCAUCUGAGGCUGGAGCAAUAGUAUAGCUGGUAGGACAAAUGAACUUUCUUUCUUUUUUUUGCUUCAUUUGGGCACACCUUGUGGUACUCGGGUUACUUCUGGCUCUGCACUCAGGCAUUAUCUGGUGGUGCUCAGGGUACCAUUUGGGAUGCCAGAGAUCGAGCUCAGAUUGGCCAUGUGCAAGGCAAAUGUCCCAAAUGAACAAUUCAAUAUGAUGAAUAUCAGUGAUCUCCUGGGAGAAUUAUAUUUGUUGGCAUAUAAAAUGUAAGAUGUACAUGAACACGUGGAAAAUUUAUUGCAAUUUUAUGUAAAAUAUUUAUUUUUCAUCAUGUAAAAGAGACUAAUAUGUUACAUAAAUCACUGUAUUGAUUAGAUAAAUACAGCAUAUUAUAAUGAGAAGUCUUUCUAAUUUGCCCUAUUAGUGAUCGUGAAUAAUGGAACUUAAAUUCGGCUGGACCUAUAUAUAGUACAGUGGGUGGGGUACUUAUCUUGCAUGCAGCCAACGUGGGAUUGAUUCUUGGCAUCCCAUAUACUUCCCCAAUCCAGCCAAAGUGAUCCCUGAACACAGAGCCAGGAGUAAGCCCUGGCUCUGUGGCACAAAAACACCACCAGUUGUGGCACAAAAACAAAGAAGUGUCACCUAACUAAAAAGAAAUGUAAUAUUAUCAGUAACUGCUGUACAUAGAAGGUAACAAGACUAGGAAAUAUUUUUAGAACUAUUAAUGUAGGUAAAAUAGAAUGGCAAUACCUAAUUUCAGUAAAAUACAGGGACCUAAAAUUAACAUAAAAUAUAUUAAUUUCUUAUAUAAAAACAAGUAUUUCCAUAAAAAUGAAAAAAGGUGUUUCAGAAAUAUGAAGGAAUUUCAACUGGAUACUUGUAUAUGCAGUAGAUCAAGUAUUUUUGUUAUUUGGGGACCACACUGUCAGGUGUUCAGUGACUAAUCCUAUUCUGUUUAUUCUUGGUGAUGCUUAGGGGACCAUAUUUCGUGCUGGGAGGGUUGAACUAAGUCUUCUAUUUGAAUAUAGAAACCAGCCAAAGAAUUUGAAUGAGCUCUAAUAAAAACUGUAACAGGCCGGAGAGAUAGUACAGGAAGUACUUCAUUACAGGUACCUUGCACUGCAGCCAACCUGGGUUUGAUCCUUGUAUAUUGUUCCCUGAGUAACGCUGGAUGUGUGAGCCCCUUGGGAAAAAAAUCAUAAAAUUUAAAAACAAACCCGAUGUAGAGCAUUAACAACUAAAGUAAGCUUUGAUCUUCUUUAAAACCUAGUAAUUAUUAGUAGAGCCAAAUAAGUUAUAUUUAACACUAGAGUUAUCCUCGCCUCAAAUCUAAAUGGUUUUCUUUAUUGGCUUUCAUUGGGUGAGAAAGUCACCUUCAAAAUUAAGUUUCAGCAACAGAGUUCAAAAAAUUAAGCUUUUAUUGUAAUAAAGCUGAGCUUAAUAUGCUCUUUGCUUUUGGCCAUUAGUUAUGGGAAUAUAAAUUUAGAUGUUGGGGAAUUAGUUUAAAUUUUAGUCCUAGAUCAGUUAAUGACAUAGAGAAUUUAGUUAUGAGGGGUUUUUUUACAUUUUGUGCUCAGUGUUGAAUAGUUAGCUAAUCUUACUCUUCUCUGCUGACAUCUGGGUAAUAUGGGCAUUUUGAGUGUUAGGUAAUUUUCAGAAACAUUUUUUCUUUUUUAUUGAUUUAUCAUUGUUUUAUUAUGGAAAUUUGGAGAAGAUGCUUUUAAACUGAAAAUACAAAGUAUAAACUGGUGAUUAUGAUACGCUUGCUUUGCUAAUAUUUUUUUUUUUUUUGCUUUUUGGGUCACACCCGGCGAUGCACAGGGGUCACUCCUGGCUCUUGCACUCAGGAAUCACUCCUGGCGGUGCUCAGGGGACCAUAUGGGAUGCUGGGAUUCGAACUCGGGUCGGCCGCAUGCAAGGCAAACGCCCUACCCGCUGUGCUAUCACUCCAGCCCCAUUGCUUUGCUAAUAUUAUGGUACAAAAGUGAUUUUGACCUACAUGUACUAUUUUCAGUUUUCUCAUUUUACUUCCUCUUCAUUUAAAAUCAUUUGAAGAGCAUCUUUCAGCUUCUCUAGGCUUAAAGGGCUUUUUCAUUAGCCUAAAACAGUGCAUUCUCAGUGCUAGUUGAAUCCUAAGUGGGAAAAUAAUCUGAAAGUCCAUUGCAGUACCUGCUUAAAAAAGGGAUAAUUCACAUGUGCCACUCACUAAGAAAACCUUCUACUUGGGGUCUGCGGCUCCUCCAUUAAUACUACAUAAAGGACUGUAUUUUAUGGUAAGUAGAAUGGAGUAAUGGCCUUUUAUUGUGGGUUAUUUUUCCUAAGCAACUUACACUAACGUUUUUUCUCCUAGAAAACACACCAUAUUUGCAUCAAGUGAGGAGAACAUUUAAUGUAUACCUGUCUAAAAUUUAGGAAUGUUUGCUUGUUUUUAAUGAUUUUAUAUUAGAAUGGUGGAAAUUUUCUCCCUGAUUACCCAAAAGUUAUUUAUUUUUUAUUGAAUAACCAUGUGAAAAGAGGUUUUUUGGGACAUUUCUUAUUAAUGAACCUGUACGUUUGCUUUCUUGAUCAGAACCUGCCUGUGCUCAGGGCUUACUUCUGACCCUAAGCUCAGGAAUCACUCCUGGCUAACUGAGGGCAGGAUGGGGUGGGUACAUUGUAUGGUGUCCUGGAUUGAAGCUGGGUCAGCAGGGUGCAAGGCAAAUGCUCUACCCAUUGUACUAUUGCUCCAACUCCUGCGCCAAUACUUUCUGAUAUUGGGAAAAUAAUGGUAUCAGAGUUUUCAUUUCUGGCACAAGAAUUGUACAAAUUGCUUUCCUGUUGCUUGGCACUCCUUUUGAAAUGGGAUACUGGGGUUAUGCAACCCUUCAGUUAUGUGUGUCCCUUUGAUUUUUUUGUAAUUUUCUUUGUUAAUAAAAAAAAACCUGGAUUACCUGUCCUGGGAGAAAAGGCAUCUCUGUAAUCUUUAUUAUACCUGAGUUCUUAUUUUUUGUUAUCAAGUUUGACAAGUAUAACUUUAGGAUAUACAGAAUACAAAGAAGAUAAUGUUUGAUGACUAAUGUCACAUAAAAAAAAUUCUGACCAAAUUUUGGGGCUGGAGCCAUAGUACGGUGGGUAAGGCGUUUGCCUUGAACAUGACUACCCAAGUUUGAUCCCUGGCAUCCCAUAUUGCCCACUAACCACUGCCAGGACUGAUCCAUGAAUACAGAGCCAGGAAGAAGCCCUAAGCAUUGCCAGGUGUGGCCCAAAAACCAACGAAAAAAAUUUUGACCACAUUUUAAUAAAAAAAUAGUGUUUACUUUCAUUGGUUUCUUGUAUAUAGAACUAUAAAGCUUAGUGGAUAUCUCUUGUUAACUAAACUUUAAAACUUUAAUUUCCAUAUGUAUAUUUUCACAUAUCACACUAUUUUUUGGUUUAGAAAUGUUCUGUCAUAGUUUUCUGAACAGAAAACUAUUUUUUUCUAUUUUGGUUUUUGAGCCACACCCGGUGGUGCUGAGUAUUCCCAGAAUUGUGUUUGGGGAUCACUCCUAUUGGUGCUUGGGGGUCUUUAUAUGGUGCCAUGGAUUGAACAGUUUGGAAUGUGUUAGGCAAACACCUUAUCCCUGUACUAUCCUUGACCCCACAUUUUUAUUCUGUUCAUUUGUUUUGUUUGGGGGGGUCACACCCAACUUUGCUCAAGGCUUACUCCUGGCUCUAUAUGUAAGGUGCUGGAUGACCAUAUGUGUUUCGGGGAAUCCAGCCUGGCAAGGCCAGUGCCCUACAUGCUAUACUGUCUGGCCCUCCACAUUUUUAUUCUUUAGAAUGAAAGAGUGACUAAGCUUGUAAAGCUUUAGAAUUUCAAGUAAAUUAUCCUGAAUUUAUUUUUUGUUCGAGUGACAUAAGAAUGAAAGAUUUGGCAUGUUUCUCAGAUUCCCACUAUAGGUGAGCUAUGACAGGAAAUAAUGACAAUACAAGUAAGCCCAAAUAAAUCCAUUAGAAUUUC